AUGUCGCGACGACCUAGAGGAACACGAGAUACUGCUAAGGAUAUUAUUCUUGGACUAGCACCGUCCGGGCAAGGACCUAAAGCACCAAAAGAAGGGCAUGCGGUUACACCAAAGACUCGUUCAAGUUCCUACGAAACGCCUGUUGUCACUCGGAGAGUUUACAGGAAAGCUCAAACACCUGAAAGACCCCCACGGACAGGUGACGAUGCAGCAUUAUCACGACUGCAAAGCCAAUUGGCUCAGAUGCAGCAACAGAAUCGAGACCUAGCAACCGCAGAAAAGGCUGCACGAAAACGUUUAGAGCAAAAUCAAGACGCCUUGCAAAGACGUCUUCAAAAUAAUGAGUCUUCCGGGGUUCAAUCAAGAGAUUUUGAUGAUAUUCGGAGACAAAUGAAUGGCGUGGAUGCAAAGUUAAUGAUAAUGAAUAAUGACAUAUCGGGCCUUCGCAACUCAAUGGAUCGUCAGGUCACAGACCUUAUGCACAUUAACAAUGAAAUGAAGAGUCGUCCAGUCGUGGAUCCAUCCAAAAUAUCAAAUGCUACAUCUCAAUUAGACUCUAAGCUCCGCGAUAUGCACAAUCAGGUUAUGGACUUGACAAAAAACUUGAGCAAGGAGCAGCGAGAUAGAGAAAAGGAUUCGAAGACAGCUGGGGAUGGUAUUCAACGCCUUCAGGAUAUGAUUCGCCAGCAAGACCUUGCUCGGCAAGAUAUAAUGAAUAACCUGUCGAAAAAGGGGGACGUUGAUAAAGAAAAAUUGAAUGAGGAAACCAGAAGGCUCAAUGAUAAAAUCAACUUGAUUACAUCGGAGGUCACAAAGAAAAUGACCGAAAACCAGCAGAAAGCUAAGGAUGACUUCAAUUCUAGGAUAUCGGUUCUUGAAAGUAUGAUCCGUGCACAGUCAGAAAGAAUUGUUGCAAAUGAGAACGAGAUGCGUCACAGUUUCGAAGCAAAACUUGCCGAGCUCUCCGGGCAAUUGGAAUUGGCAAUGAAACAAAUAACAAGUGAAAAGGCAAAGCAAAAAGAACGAUUUCAAAAAGUUAAUGAAGCACUGGCAGCUCUUGAACAUCAUUUGGAGCUGGGAAAUAGUAAGAUUGACAAGCUAAUGAAUUCAGAGAUUCAAGCAAGAAAACUUCAUGAGAAAGGAUUGCUUGCAAAAAUGACAGAUAUUGAAGACCGAGUGAAUAAUUACGUGGGAGGAAUGAACAAGUCAAUAGAUGAGAUGAAAAAUGGAAAGAAUAAUGUUCACAUGCCAGCACUGGAUACAGAUGCGCUACGUCGAGAAAUGGAGGCUAUUGCUGCUGAUAAGAACAAGUUGAGCAUGGAAGGACUUUUGAAACUGGAAGAGAAAAUGAGCCGUGUCCAACAAGGUUUCUAUCACGAUAGAAAAGAGAUGACCCAACGAAUGACCGAUCUUGGAGAUGGGGAACAUGUCAAUAAGAUUCGUGCUCAACUUAACAAGAUGGAUGCUUUGCAAGAGGACAUGGAAAAGGCUCAAGACAGAAUACGAGACAAAGUUGAACGCCAGAUACCUCAAGAUCUGAACGAGUUGUCUGCAAAAGCAGACAACAUUAAACACCAGUUGAAUACGAGAAUUGACAACGAAGAGGAAGAGAGAUAUUUGGCAAUCAAGGAGCUUCAAGAGGCGUUCACAACACUGCAACAAUCUCAACACACAGGUGGAAAAACAGCUGCAUCGUCAGAUCAACAAAUGAAGCGAGAUGUCGACGAAUGUAAAAUUGCAAUUAAAAAACUAGCUGAGUCAGUUACAACCGUGAAGAAUGUACUAGACAAGAAAAUCACGGAUGAGACUAAGAGGAGAGAGGAUGACGUCAGUUCGAUAAGAAGGCAAAUGAGCUGA